AUGGGAUGUUCACACGUAAGGCUGCUGUUGGGGCGUGUCGCUGGUCUGCCGCUGCAGGGCAACGAGUCGGAGGUGGACUGGGGCUUCCGCACGCAGCCGGGCGAGCGCGCGUGCGGCGGGCGCGGGUGCGAGUGGCCGCGCGGGAAGGCGCUGGGCGGCAGCAGCAUACUCAGCGGCAUGGUGUACGCGCGCGGCAACCGGCGCGACUACGACCGCUGGGCCGAGCUGGGCAACGUGGGCUGGGCGUAUGAGGACGUGGCCCCCUACUUCCUGCGCUCGGAGGACAACCGCGACGCGUCGAUCGCCAACACCAGCUUCCACGCCACGGGCGGCCCGCUCACCGUCGAGCGCCUGCGCUACCAGGACAUCAACGUGCGAGCACUUAUGCACGCCUUCAGGGAGAUGGGUUACCAAGAGGUGGACGUGAACGGCGAGCAGCAGGAGGGCGUGAUGCGCGCGCAGACCACGUCGCGCACGGGGGAGCGCCUCAGCGCCAACCGCGCGUUCCUGCGGCCCGCGCGAACCAACCGCACCAACCUGCGCGUGGUGACGCGCGCGCGGGUCACGCGCGUGCUCAUCGACCCGGCCACGCGCGUCGCCUACGGCGUGCAGUACGUGCUCGACGCAGAUCGCAACCGCACGCUGCAGGCCAACGCCACCAAGGAGGUGCUGGUGAGCGCCGGCACGGUGGGGUCGCCGCAGCUGCUGAUGCUGUCGGGCGUGGGGCCGAGCGAGUUCCUGCGGCCGCUGGGCAUCCGCGUGCUGCAGGACCUGAGCGUGGGCUACAACCUGCAGGACCACGUGAGCGCGGACGGCGUGCGCUUCGCGCUGGGCGCCACGCAGCAGGCGCCGGGCGGCGACGACGGCCGCCUGCAGGACGUGCUGCGCUUCGUGCGCGACGCCGACGGCCCGCUCGCCGCCACGGGCGUGACGGCCUUCACGCGCUCGCAGUACGAGAGCGCCAACGGCAGCUGGCCUGACAUCCAGUACCACUUCGUCUCCGCCGUGGAGCCGGCGGCCGCAUACAACGCCAACGCCAGCGCCGCCUGCGCCAACGCGACGCGCCCUCUGGAGCCCACGUGCUACUACAACCGCAUCGUGGUGCGGCCGGCCGUACUGCGGCCGCGCAGCCGGGGACUCCUGCUGCUCAACUCCACCGACCCCUUCGACCCGCCGCGCAUCUUCCCCAACUACCUGUCGGAGCCACGCGACAUGGAGGUGCUGCUGGAGGGGCUGGUGUUCGCCGCCCGCCUCUCCCAGACCCGGGUGCUGCGUGACAUGGGCUACGCGCUGGACACCACGCCCCUGCCACUUUGCGCCGGGGAGCGCUUCGGCUCCUUCGCCUACUGGCGCUGCGUCGCCAUGCAGUACACCGCCUCGCUCUUCCACCCGGUGGGCACCUGCAAGAUGGGGCCGGCCUUCGACCUCAACGCCGUCGUCGACCCAGAGCUCAAGGUGUACGGCAUCCGGCGCCUGCGCGUCGUCGACGCCUCCGUCAUGCCGCACAUCGUCUCGGGCAACACCAACGCGCCCGUGAUCAUGAUCGCCGAGAAGGCGGCCGACAUGAUCAGGCGGCGCUGGCUGUGGAUCGAGCAAGGUCGGGCGGAGGACACCAACAUCACGGUGCCCAUGCAGCCGGGCAUCAUACAGACGCCCACGCGCCCGCCGCGCCUCACCGUGCCCACGACGCUGCCGCCGCCCAACGCGACAACCACCACCGCCGCUACCACCACGCGGCCCGCGGCGACCGCCUCGUCCAACGCCACAGCGGCGCCAGCACCAGCCCCGGCGACCGCCUCGUCCAACGUCACAGCGGCCCCAGCGCCAGCGCCAGCCCCGACGCCGGCCGUCAACGCCAGUGCGCCACCGCCCCGCUCGCAGAACACCGCCGCCCUGCCCGGCGGCGACCCGGGCUUCUUCGGGCGCUUCGUCACCAACAUCCUCAAGGCGCUGGAGGUUCUGCAGGCGACCGGCGGCGGCACCGCCGCCCUCGCCCCCUUCGCGCCGCCCAACGACACCGAGAACUUCGUCGUCACGGACAAUCGCCGAAUCGAGAAGGAGACCGAGUCGCGCAACGUGUCCGACAAGGUGCGCGGCUUCCUCAUCAACUUCGGAUACUGA